AUGGAGCCCGUGUCGCUGCAGGACUUCGUGUGCGCCCUGGACCCCGCCUCCCUCCCGCGUGUGCUGCGGGUCUGCUCGGGUGUCUACUUCCAGGGCUCCAUCUACGAGAUCUCUGGGAAUGAGUGCUGCCUCUCCACAGGAGACCUGAUCAAGGUCACCUGUGUUCGCCUCCAGAAGGUGGUCUGCGAGAACCCGGGGACGGGCCAGACCAUGGAGCUCACUCCCAACUUCCAGGGCAACUUCAGCCCCCUCACUGGCCCCCAGAGCUAUGGAACCCUGGAGGAGCUGGUCUCUGCUGCAACCCAGAGCUCCAAACAGCUGCCCAUCUGCUUCAUGUCGACCCACAGAAUCACCACCAAGGCCAGGGUGGUGCCUCAGGAGCAGCCCCUCAAGCUUGAGGCUGUGGAAAUGCACCGCGGGACCUGCUGUGCCCGCUGUGUGCUGGGCACCGGGGCCCAGCAGGUGCUUCUGCACCUGCCCCUGUCCCAGAAGGGGCCCUUCUGGGAACUGGAGCCUGGGCCCCCUCGGACUCUGCUCCAGGUGCUGCAGGACCCGGCCCUGAGGGACGCCAUCCUCACCUGCCCCGCCCUCCCCUGGAGCUCCCUGACCCUGAUGCCCCAGUAUGAGGUUGAAGCCAUCAUGCACUUGCGCAGGACCAUCGUCAAGAUCCCCUCUACCCUGGAGGUUGACGUGGAGGAUAUCACCGCCUCCUCUCAGCACAUCCACUUCAUGCAACCGCUGCUGCUGAGCGAGGCCCUGGCCCGGGGAGGCCCCUUCCCCCUGCCCACAGAGAUCCUGGAAGUCCCAGAGGGGCCCCCCAUCUUCCUCAGCCCGUGGCUGAGCUCCUUACAGAAGGGCCAGAGGCUCUGCAUCUAUGGCCUGGCCUCGCCACCCUGGCGGUUCCUGGCCUCAACCAAGGGCCGGAAAGUACCCAGACACUUCAUGAUCUCCGGGGCCUACCAGGGCAAGCUGCGGCGGCGGCCGAGAGAGUUCCCCACAGCCUACGACCUCCUGGGUGCUCUCCAGCCAGGCCAGCCACUCCGGGUAGUGGCCACAAAGGACUGUGAAGGAGACGGGUUGGAGAACCCCGGGUUCACGUCCCUGGCCAUGGGAGACAGGCUGGAGGUGUUGGGGUCUGGCCAGGCCCUUGGGGUUCAAGAGAGGGACAUAGACGUCCUGGUGUGUCAGCGGCUGAGUGACCAGCCUGGGGAGGAAGAGUGUGAAGAGGAAGAGGACCAAGAACAGAUUCUGCUGCCCCUCUACUUCUCUGGCGGCUUCGUGGAAGAGUUGGGUGAUGGUCGGCGCUACAGCCUGCAGGAUCUGAUUGCCCAGUUCUCACUGCCCUGUGAGGUCAAGGUGGUAGCCAAGGACGCCAGCCACCCUGAUGACCCUCUGCCCUCCUUCCUGGGCCUGCGGCUGGAGGAGAAGAUCAUGGAACCCUUCUUGGUGGUCAGCCUGGACUCCAACCCUGAGAUGUGCUUCGAGGUCCCUCCCCGGUGGCUGGACCUGACUGUCGUGGAAGCUGAGGGGCAGCCAAGCCAGCCGGCUGGGCCCCUCCCCGUAGUCCCAGUGGAGGAGCUGACAGAGGCCUUCUAUUAUCGCCUUCGGAAGUCACCGGCCUUUGAGGGUCAAGCUCCUCCGCCCAGGCCUCCGAAAAGUAAGGGCCUCAGUGGGCAGAAGCAGCAGGUCAGCAAGGCGAAAGGCGUCAAGUCUUCUGAAGCCUUCGAAUUGCAGGAACCACCUCUGCUGCCUACACCCAGGAGGAAGACCUUGCGAGAGGUCACCAAGGACAGCUGCAAUUUAUACAGUGAGACUCCUGGUCACAAGAAGGGUCUCAGGCCCACUAAGCCCAUCACUCAGGAUACAGAUGAACAUGAUUAUGAAGAAGUACUUGAGCAGUUUCCGAAAACCCUCUAG